UUUUGGUGGUGAUCAUUUUAAACUCCAUGGAUUACACCGGCAGCCAUGACUUGAAGGGAAGGAGGCAAAGACGAAUAAGCACGGAGGUAACCCCAGUUUGUCCGAAAGGGUGUGAGGUGUGCUCGGAGUACAAUGGAUGUCUAAAGUGUUUGCCUAAAUUGUUCAUCCUUCUGGAAAGGAACGACAUUCGACAGACAGGCAUUUGUUUGCCAUCAUGCCCAAUUGGAUACUUUGGUGUGCGGACACCAGAAAUGAACAAGUGCAACAAAUGCAAAAUUGAGAACUGUGAGGCCUGCUUCAGCAGAAACUUUUGUACUAAAUGUAAAGAAGGACUGUACCUGCAUCGAGGGAAAUGUUAUGACAGCUGUCCAGAGGGGUUUGCAGCCACAAAUGGCACUAUGGAGUGUAGCCAUGCUGCACAAUGUGAAUUCGGUGAAUGGAGUCUCUGGGGCCCGUGUACCAAGCGAGGAAAGACAUGUGGUUUCAAAAGGGGUGCAGAAACGAGGACCAGACAGUUGCUCCAAGGGCCUUCAUCAGAAGACGUGACAUGUCCCCCAACCAGAGAGAGCAGAAGUUGCACAGUGCAGAGAAAGCCUUGCUCAAAUGGCCGAGGUAAAGUCAAAGGAAGAAAAGGCAAACAGAAACCGGGGAAGAAAGACAAACAACAGAACAAAGAAAGUGGCAACAGGCAAAGCAAGAAGGAAAACAAGCCUGGGAAUAAGAAAAAGAAAGGGCAACAGGGGAAGACCCUUCCUGCAACAACCCCCGUCACCGUUCAAUAGCAGCCUUAUUUCAACGCAAACACUUCAAUGCUGAAACAUAUAAGUCGGCUUUUCUGAACUGGAGCGUUGCUACAGAGAAGAAUAAAUACAAGGCUCUUGUUUCCCUAACUGUUUAAGAUAAGAAGUGAAGUUAUUGUUUUGAGGACUUAAGUAACAGAGAUCCAUUGCACCUGGCUUCAGUGUAUAUCUGAAAAUGGAAUGAAAUGGGAAUUAAAUAGUUCAGUGGAUCUUUCAGAGGACGGUGUUAGGAACUUUCAUCAAAAUGAUGACUGAAUAUUGUAGAGCAGGUCAACUGCAGAACUGGAGAUGACUGUUUCUGGGGGAGGGGAGAAUGACUGACAAAAAGGCUUCUGGAAAUGUGCAAAUAUUUCUGCACCAAUUUUGGGCAGUUGGUUCCUGCAUUGAUUGAAAGAUGUAAACUUAAUUUCCUGACAGAAUGUUAGAAUUAUGCAUCAUUAAACUGCUUUAAAAUAUAUUUCAAAUGAAAAUAAGGCAAUAAAAACAUAUAACAAUU